UCAUAUUCCCGGUUUCAAGAAACUCUCCAUCGCCGCCUCAUUUUUUCCAGAGAAAAGAUCGAUCUUUCGAAGAAGUUGAAGAAGAGCUCAAGCUUAAGAUCGAAAGGAGUUCGAUCUUUUUCGGUUGAAAGUUUGAAGUAUGGGUCGAAAGGCCGGUGGUUUGUACAUCAACCCGAAGAAAUUCGGUGCUGUUGGAAAGCCUUGUAUGAAGGAAAUGGUGAGCUUCCUUGGCUGUUUAUCUCUAAACAAGAACAACGAUGAUAAGUGUGUUCGACAAAAGGAUCUCUUACUUGCGUGUGUGGAAUCUCAGAGAGGAAAGCCGAAAAAUCCUGCAAGGACAAUCAAUUAUCAUUUGCAGCGGCUUGGGAGAGACAAGUUUUUUUAGGUUACCGAAUGUUUUCAUUUAGCCUGCUGUUGAUUUUUGAUUUUGCUGUUGACAACUUUUUGAAGUAAUAUGUCAAGGUUAUAAAAAAGAGUGGCAUUUUCAGGUGUAACCAAAUGAUGUGAUAUUCCGAUCAAAAUAGACGAUGUUGAAAGAGUUAGAAUAAUGCUGCAUUCUUGUAUUUGUU